CUAUGUCACCCAAGUUUUGGGUCCUAACAAUACCCGGAUCCAGGUGGUGAGCGUCCCUCUGCCUGUUCCCCUUGGUAAAGAAAAUGUUGACCCAAACUAUAGCACAUCAUCGGCAAGGAAGCAUUAUCGGAGAAAAUCAGGAGCUAAUGGAAAGUCACCAAAUGCUUCCAAGAAGAAAGGUCUGAGUUUGAAGACUACGAAGAAGUGGAUAAAUACGAAAUCACACUGUGAAGAGGGACAUGAAACGCGAGCUUAGAGACAGAAUCAAGGACCCCUCCUUCCCAAUUACCAUCCAUGCAAUCAAAGAUCUCUUCGCCAAGACCAUGUCAAAUCCAGCAAUCACGGCCCCUCCAUCGACUUCGAAAGGGAUAGACGAGACGAUGACGGAUACUGGAGGGGACAACACAGCAACGGAGAGUAGGGAGCAGAGCUGCACCCAGAACACCAACCGGAGACUUAGGCCGCUGUCGAUUUUGAAUCCCCCUAACAUUUCUUUCCCUGUCUCUAUAUCUAUGUCUAUUUGUCCAAGUUCUAAAAUUCUUUCUUGGAAGCUAGCCAAUAACACCUAACAGUCAAAGUGUCCAAACAAACACACACAGAUUGGCUCUUAACUGGCGUUUAUGGCAGCCUUAAGAACAGUUAUCAUCACCUUCGCUGAAAUCAUCUUAUACACACUGGACGGAAUGCUACCAUUCCAUGGUUGGUGACUGGGGAUUUGAACGCGAUUUGUCUCCCUAAUGAGAAAACUGGAUUGCUAUCGACUACAGCCCUUAGACGAUGCCAGCGCUUCUCCAACUGAAUUAACGAGGCAAAUUUCCUUGAUCUGGGUUCUCGGGACCUCAAUUUACCUAGUUCAGAGGCGAUACUGCAGCUACUUUCAAGGCCAGCCGCAUUGACCGUAGCCUCUGCAAUACAUAUUGGAAUUCCCUGUUUACGAAUACUUCAGUCCGACAUCUCCCGAAGAUUAAUUCGGAUCAUCUUUCUAUCCUCACCUCGUAUAUUGCUUUUGGUUCUAACACCGGAGUAUCCGGGCUUUUUCGUUUUGAAAUGGCCUGGCUGCUACACGAUAAGUUCUCUGAUUUUUUCGCAGGUGCUUGGAACGUAGAGGGAGACCUUCAUCCAGAACCUGAGUGAUGUUGCUGCUAAGCUUCAAGAUUGGAACAAACUCGCCUUUGGCAUCAUAAAUCACCAUAAAAGGAGACUGCUGGCUAGGAUUCAGGGAGUUGAAAACCGUCUCACCUCAACAUCGACUACAUGGCUGAUCAAACUACUCGCCAAGCUUGAAAUAGAACUCAACGAUCUUCUGGCUCAAAAAGAAUUGAUCUGGUUUCAGCGUACUAAAGAAAAUUGGGUCAAAUUUGGAGAACAGAACACCUCCUACUUCCACCAACAAGCUAAUCGCUGCAGAAGGAAGAGGAAAAUUCUGGCUCUUCGAAAUCCAGAGGGAGAGUGGAUAGAUGAUCCAAGACAACUUUGCAGGCUGGUUCUAGACUUCUAUACAACUCUGUAUACCCAGGAUGACCCCCAUUACUGCGACUUGAUGCCUAAGGUCCGCUUCCCUCAUCUUCGAAACGAGGAGCUCCUUUCUCUCUUGCGUCCUUUUCAAAUUAAUGAUUUUCAUAGAGCCAUUUUUUAUAUGAAACCGUUUGCCGCCCUUGGUUCAGAUGGUCUUCAAGCGGUUUUUUAUCAAAAAUUGUGGCAUCUAGUUGGCAAGAACUUGACUAAUAUGGCUUUAUUGUUUAUCAAUACAGGGGAGAUCAAAGAGGAGGUUUUGGAAUCUACUGUGGUACUCAUCCCCAAAGUUGAGCACCCGGAGUAUCCGGCUCAAUUCCGUCCCAUCUGCCUCAAUAAUGUUUGCUUGAAGGACAUUACCAAGGCUUUCACCAACAGGCUGAAACCGCUCAUGGGAAGAUGGAUUGCGCCGAUCCAAAGCAUCUUCAUUGUCGGUUGUCAGACCAAUGAUAUCAUUAUCAUCCUGUAGGAGGUUCUUCACUCUUUCUGAAAAAAGAAGGGCAAUAAGGGAGGACUAAUCAUGAAGAUUGACUUAGAGAAGGCAUAUAACCGGCUUAGAUGGGACUUCAUCAGAGACACUCUAGUGGAGACUGGCCUCCCGAGCACCUGGAUAAGUCACAUUAUAUUUUGUGUUCAACAAAACAAAAUGCGUCUAAACUGGAAUGGCCAGCUCACAGAUCCUAUCACCCCUUCUAGAGGAGUCCGUCGGGGGGGUGGGGGGGCCUCUCUCCCUAUUUAUUUUUGCUUAGCAUGGAACGCUUGUCCCACAGGAUUGAGCUGGCGGUGACUGAGAAACGUUGGAAACCUCUAGCUCUAACUAGGAACUGCCCCAAAAUUUCUCACAUGUUCUAUGCUGACGAUUUAAUUUAGUUUAGAGAGGCUGAAGGUCAUCAAAUUGACAUCAUCAGAUAUCUUGAUGAAUUCUUUUCUAGCUCUGGACAACGUGUUAAUUUGAACAAAUCUGUUAUGAUGGU